AUGGCGCAAAGAAAAAGAAGCAUUUUUUCCUUUUCGAAAAUUGCCAAGGUGAAUUACGACAUGGCACAAGCACGGGCUGAAAAAAGGAAAAACAAUUUUUUUUUUCUUUUCUCUUGCUUACACUCCAGGAGGGAAGGAGAGAAUGAUGUCAUUUUGAAAAAAAAAAAGGAAAAGAGUGAUGAUUUCCCGUUAAGAUUUAUGGAAAAUAGUAACAAGAACAACAUCAGUGUUUACAAUACAAAGGGAAAAGAUAUAAACAAAUUCCAAAUCGAUCAAGACACGUUCUGUUCAUACUUAACGAAAAGAAGGAAGUUAUUCAAGUUUAUUUCUUAUGAUGUGAAAAAAUAUGAACAUGAUAUGUUUUAUAAAAUGAGUGAUGGAGGUGAAAAUGCUUUUUUAUAUUCGACAAAAAUUAAAAAGUCCUUGUAUAGUGAUAGGAUAAGCAGCAAUUUGUAUGUGAAUUGCUUCCCUACCGUUGGAUCAUCCUCAGAAGAAACUGUCAGAGGGAGAUCCUCUAACAGUAACUACAGCAAUAAGGAAUGUCUCAACUUAUCAACAACACACCAUAAUGAAUUUAUCAAGCGGAAAAAUCUAUUUGACAUUCUGUACAAAAAGAAUAGUCUCCUUUAUCUGUUCACAGACACAAGCCACGUGCACGAGAUGGAAAAAUAUUUGAAUGAUUUCUCGUAUCAGAAGAAGACCUCCCAUACUCAGAAUGGAAUAGAUGACCUACGUUCACACGAGGGAUCAAAUCAGGAGAAACAGAAAAUGCAAAUGUUUAAAGGAGGCAAUUUUAUAAAACUGAAAGAAAAACAGAAACCAAUUAAUAUCUACUACUGUUAUGUUUCACCAUACAAAUAUAUCAUAUCAACAUAUUUCAGUAAAAAAAUCGCACAAAAUUUAAGAGAGAAUUAUUUUAGUACGAACAAUUUUCUUUUUAUAAAUGAGAGAAUAAGUGUUGAAGAUGAAGAUACUCUACUCUUGCCUGGUAGUAGAACAGUUGCUUCUUCCAACUCUAAUGACAUGUUACCAUCUUUACUUCUUGUAGAUGAUUGCUGUUAUGUCAGGUAUCACAUAAAGGGAUUGUUUACCAGGGAGGCUUCUCAUUACCUCUAUAAUGUUCUUCUCACUAUUUAG